AUGGCCCUCCCGCCGUCCUCUUCGGCGUCUUCGCUCUCCGCCGCGUCAGCACAGCCGACGCCGCUCCACCUCCACCUCACAAGCCGGGCACCUGGCCGCCUCCCGCUGCUCCACUUCUCGCGCGCCGCGCUCCCGCCGCCGCUGCGCGCCCGCAUUCCGCGCACCAACCUCCCGGCGGCCCCGGGCACGCCCCUCCACCGCGCGCUCCCACCACCACCCUCCGCCUCCGCCUCCUCCUCCUCCUCCAUCGCCGGCGGCGGCUUUGGCAGCGAUGAAGCCGACGACGGCCACAACCACCACGGCGGAGACGGCGGCGGCGGCGGCGAGGGUGGUGGCGACGACGGCGGCCACAACGACCACGGCGGUGAGGGUGGCGGCGACGAAUCGCCCGGCGACGCUCGCGGGGAGGCGCUGUUCGUGUUGGCGCAGCUGGGGCGGAAGCUCGACACCCUGCCGUCUGAUCUCGCCGCCGCCAUCGAGAGCGGCCGGAUCGGGGGCGACAUCGUGAGCCGCUUCAGCGAACUCGAGGCGAACGGUUUCAUCAAAUGGCUCCUCCAGUUCGAGGGGUUCAGGGAGAGACUCCUCGCCGACGAACUCUUCCUCACCAAGCUCGGCAUAGAGUGCGUCAUCGGUCUCGUCGCCAAGACUGCGGCUGAGUUGCAGAAGAGGGGGGACAAUUUCUUCAAAGAGAUUGAAGUUGUCAUAUCUGAUGUGGUCAUGGCGAUUGUUGCGGAUGUCAUGCUUGUCUAUCUUCCUGCUCCAACUAUUGGUUUAAAGCCUCCACUUGCAAGAAAUGCCUCAGCUAUUGCCAAUUUUUUCUCUAGCUGCCCUGAUAAUGCUUUCCAAAUUGCUCUGGCUGGAAGAUCAUUCACACUUGUGCAGAGGCUUGGAGCUUUUGUGAGGAAUGCUGCAAAGCUUUUGGCAGUGGGAACUACUGCUUCUUUUAUUGGCACUAGUGUCACCAAUACAGUGCUCAAAGCAAAGGCGGUUGUUAAUAAGGACCUUGAGGAUGAAGUUGUGGAAAUUCCAGUUGUCCAAACUAGUGUUGCCUAUGGUGUAUACAUGGCAAUUUCUAGUAACCUCAGGUAUCAGCUUCUGGCUGGUGUGAUCGAACAGAGGAUCCUGGAGCCGCUGCUGCAUAACCAGAAGCUACUACUGAGUGCAAUGAGCUUCAUCGUUCGUACGGGCAACACAUUCCUUGGCUCUUUGCUCUGGAUUGACUAUGCCAGAUGGAUAGGCGUCCAAAAGGCUCACGAUCACGAAGAGGCCUAA